AUGCCGCCGAAACCCGCGCAUACCGUUUUCCGCCCCCAGCCCCACCCCCCUCUGGAAACACUGGACAGGGAGGCGCUGGGCAAGGAACCACCGGACAAGGAACCACUGGACAAGAUGCUGGACAGAGAGGCAGCGGACAAGGAGGCAGCGGACAGGGCUCUGAUUGAUCUCAAGGAUACAGCAGACCAAUGUCUGAUCAUCUUCUGGAGGAUUGAAGCCACUAUCACGGGAAACAAGGAUUCUGCGUCUGAUGAGGAGCUGGCAAGAAAACUUGUCCAAUUCAACAAGCUGCUCAUCAAGGACGAGGCGGCGAAGGUCUCCCUUGAUGAUACCAUUGGCGAUCCGAGCUGGAGCGUAUUUGGAAGUAUCCGCUGGACUUACAUUGACUUCAAGCUUGACGGGUACAGCCAGCAGUUUCAUCACUACCAGGGUUGUCUCACACUGAUGUGCUCCGUGGUCUCACUCGGAGAACUUCGGACGAUCGGGACCCAGUAA